AAGUACAUAUGGAAGGUAAAAAAUGGGAAUGUGCUAAGGAGGGGAACAAUUAAAUACAUGUUUCAAAAUUUCUCAGAAACAAAUGAUACAUUUAUCACUUUGCACGAUCUCUCUCCCAAAACGAACUACAAAGUAACCAUCACUCCUGUGUACGAUUCAGUUCAGGGGACUUCCGAGACAUUGACAUUUGCAACAAAUGGGAACAAGUUGCUAAAAGUCAAAGGACUUCAAGUUGAUUACUCUAAAAAACACGGUACAGUUACCGUAAGCUGGCAAUUAUUUCCUGAUCGACGGUGGGUGUAUGGUGUCUAUUAUGGAAAAUCAAUUUCUGAGAUUUCCAAUCAGGGAGUUCGAAAAAUCACAAAUGCCAGUUCCUUCGUCCUUGAUGAUCUCGAUGCAUGUGAAGACUAUUUAAUUGAUGUACCCUUAAUACAUUUCCGAGAACGCCUCGCAUGGGUCCCUUCAAAGUCAGGUAUUCGAUGUUAACAAACUGACCGCCUU